CUUUGUUUAUAUGCUAGCACUGUCUGCGCGCCUUGUAAGGACACUUCUCCCUCCUGUUCGUGUGUCUUAGUUUUUGCCUUCAUGGUCGUACGUUGCUGCUUAGUGGGAUGUAACAGCGCAACCCACGAUCGGAAGGGGAAAAGAAUCACUAAUACCAUGACUUUUCACCGUUUUCCUACUUGGAAGCGCCACCAUGGAGACCAAAUCUCCGAAAUAACGAAGAGUCGUCGGCUUGCAUGGAUCGCCGCUGCAAGACGACCAAACAUAACUUUCCACAGUAUCCCGGUGUCGAUGAGAGUAUGUUCUCUGCAUUUUCAUUCUGGAAAACCAGCAAAUGAAAUGUACAUCUCCCAUCCGGAUUGGGCACCAUCACUACACUUGGGGCACACCGAAAAGAAGGUCAAAGACACUGCACGCUUUGAGAGACAAGAAGCAAGAAGACGGCGAAAUCAAUUUCACUGUGUGGCAACAAUGAAACAUUUUACCAGGCAGGGGCAAUAUUUGACGCCAUUCUCAGUUACCUGCGACUUUCCGUUUCGAUUGGCUUACCGGUAGUUUCAACCUAGCAUCAACUCAAUAUGGGAGGCUCAAAGAAAACGGCUGGUUUCCAAUGCAGUCCCGGUCCUUUUCGAACGGAGCACCCCUCUGCUCCAGGAGAAAACAGAUUCCGACAUACCGACAUGUCUUGCACGGGAGGGCAUGCCCUCACAAGGAACUGAAGAGCCUAAAAUGGCUGUGGACUUCCACACCCUGCUGGAGCGGAAAGACAAGAAAAUCAAAGAACUGAAAAGCCUGCUGGGGAAAGAGAAGGGCAAAUUGCGGGCGCUCCGUUUCAGAUUCAAGAAGAAAAUCAGUAACCUGCAGUCUCAAGUAUCCACACCUCAGCCUCAGCAGAGCACAGAGACAUACGCUCUGGACACAAGCUGCCUCCCAAAGGAGGCCAAAGAAUUUGUGGAGGGGCAGAUCGCCAUGGCGAAGGCGAGGAGCCAUGGUCAGCGCUACAGCAAAAAACAGAAAGACCUGGCGGUCCGUCUUUACCACCACAGCCCAGCAUGCUACCAGGAGCUGAAGAGCACAUUUCAACUACCUACUCCAUCCACCCUGAUAAGGCAUAUGAUGGACAGUCUGGGGAGUUUUGAACCCGGAUUUCUUCAUGGGGUUUUGGCAAAGCUCAAGGCCGAGACCGAAACCAUGGCCAAUGAAGAGAAAAACUGUGCCAUUGUCAUUGAUGAGAUGGCCAUCAAAAAUCAGCUUGACUACAACCGCAGGCUGGAUUGUGUAGACGGGUUAACAGAACGUGGCAAAAUGGCAACUCAAGCCAUGGUAUUUGUGGCUAGAGCCAUAAAUGGAAAGUGGAAGCAGGCAAUUGGAUACUUCCUAACAGCGUCCACAAUGCCAGGUGAAGAGAUUGCAGCCAAACUUCGGGAGACAGUCGCCUACCUAGAAAGUUCUGGGCUGAAUGUCAAGUGCGUCGUCUGUGGCCAGGGACCAACAAACGAGGAGGCCAUGAAGAUCUUGGGAGCCUCCCUAGACAUCAACGAGGAUGGCGAUGUAUCUCACUGUAUUAACAUUGAAAAAGAUAAAAAGAUCCCCCUCAUCUUUGAUGUUCCACAGCUGGUCAAGGCCAUUCGAAACAACUUGAAACAACAUCCAAUAAAUAUUCAAGGGAAUGAGGUGUCCUGGAGACACCUGCAGGAUUUUUACCUCAAAGACAGGAAAGGUGUCAUCCGGCGGGCCCCAAAGCUUACAGCGCGCCACAUCUACCUGCCUCCGUUAUCCAACAUGCGCGCUAGUCUGGCCAUUCAGAUCUUCAGCCACUCUGUGGCAGCUGGCAUGCAGGCCAUGGUGUUGCAACACCAACUACAAGAUGAGGCCCUCCACACUGCCACAUUUGCAGAGGACCUGGACAGGCUGUUUGAUGUCCUCAACUCAAGGAGGAUGAAAGACAGCAAAUGGUGGAGCAGGCCUCUAACCACCGAUUCCAACAAGCUGGACUACCUCCAGAAUUGUAUAAAUUGGAUAAAAUCUUGGAAAUUUGGAUCUGCGAGAGCUCCAGCGUGCCAGACAGGCUUGGUGGUGAGCAUACGGAGCAUCCUGAGGCUGCACCAGGAGCUGGUGUGUGAAGGCGUGAAGCACCUCUACACAUCAACACUGAACAAGGACUGCGUGGAGAACCUGUUCUCGGGGAAGGGAAGGCAACGGAUCCACCCCACGACCAGGGAGCUGGCGGCGGCACUGAGGAGCGGAUCAGCGCCGUUCAUACUCGGCCUUCCGGAAAGGUCCACACCUUGUGCUCAUACUGAUGGCUCUCAUUUGCAACAGAGUGAACAGGAGCCUGAGCCUAUGGACAUUGUCUACAACAGUGAGCAGAGUAUCCCCUAUGUGGACGACGGUCUUGAUGCCGACGAUGCGACGGACAUGCAGAAAGGGGAGCAGGAGGUGCUCACCUACGUGGCUGGAUGGGUGAUGAAGAAGGUGGCAGAGGAUCCCAAACUCGGGGGGUGCUGGGAGUGUGAGCACGCUCUCGUGAAAGAAAAACACAUGGAGCACGGUUACAGCGCCGUCUCGAAGGAGGGAUCGGAAUCGGCCGGCCUCUUUGAUCCCUCCGCACUCCUCAGGAACUGCAUUGUGAAGUGCGAAAGCAUCACUGAAAAAGCGCUGUCUGAAGUCUGGGCAGCAAAGGGCCUGACCAGGAGGCUGAAAGAGGCCCUUCAAAAUGGCGGAGCGUUCAGUGAGCUCCACGCACAACACCCGACGCACUCAAAGGCAAUUGAAAAGGUGGCCUUAGAUAAGUUUGUGAUCUGUCGGAUCGGAGUCGAACUGAGGGCCCGUAAUCAAUCGGCUGCCCAGAUUAAAAAACGAAAGGGCGGUCCGUUGAAACAUGCCACGGCAAGAAAAAAGCUGGCCUGCUUAAACGCCACAAAAUAAAAUGUGUUGCUAUAACAACCACAACGGUCCAUCUUGUUUUGGUUUAUGUUCAAGUUUUUCACAAUCACUUUUCUGCUUGACUUAGCAGUUGUAAACUAGCGAUGGCACUGGAGUGAGAGCGGUGACAUAUUUGUAUAAAGUUUGUAAAUUAUGAUGUUUUUUAUUAAAUUCCUUAAAAGUU